AUGGCGUACAACCAGAAUCCAGGCGGCCAGUACUAUGCCCAGCAACAAUAUGGCUCGAACGUUCCAUACCAAGACCAGGGCCAGUAUCAAAAUCAAUAUCAGAAUCAAUACCCUCAGCAGCCGCAACAACAGCACCAUGCUCCUCAGGGAGGGCCGUCGACCGGGGGAAUGUUUGAUUCAAGCUGGCAUUCAACAGUGGAUGGCAUCUCGUAUUCGAUCACUAACCGUGACACGAACGCCAUGCUGAACGUGCGCAUUCCCCGGGAUGUCGUCAUCAGGAGCAAGCCUGGGGCCAUGAUUCAAAUGACUCCAACCAUCCUCCUCCAGGGGAAGAUAAAGUUCAGCAUGAAGAAACUGUUCACGGGGUCACAGUUGGCUGAAUCCACGUACACUGGGCCUGGAGAAGUAUCCCUGGCACCUACUUUGUUUGGUGAUAUAUCCGCCAUACCUGUUCGUCCAGAUGAGGGCUGGAACCUCGGGAAGGAAGCUUUUCUGGCGUGCACGAGUGGGGUGGUGAGGGAUACAAAGAGUCAGAGCCUCGGAAAGGCUUUCUUCAGUGGAGAAGACUUGUUCAUCUACCACAUCUCUGGCCAGGGAACACUCUGGGUCACAUCCUUUGGUGCUAUUGUCGCCCGAGACCUUCAACCCAACGAACAGCACAUCGUGGACAAUGGUCAUCUUGUCGCGUGGAACUGUCAAUACGCAAUUGAAAGGGCCGGAAGGGGCGGCAUGGACAGCGUGAAAACUGGCGAAGGUUUGGUCUGUCGAUUUACAGGCCCCGGCAGGAUUUACAUCCAGAGCAGGAACCAUGACGAGUUUGGUGAAUGGGUUGCUUCGCGGACUUCAAGCUCAUGA